AUGAUGUUGUCACGAAUAGGGCGAUCUGUUUAUCGCUCCUCUCGCUCUUCAAUCAAUAAAUCGCAGAAUGUUGUGUCGGGUACAUAUGGAGUGAGAUCGGCGAUUUCAAACGAAUUUGUUUUGGAUAAUGGGUACAUUGCACGCGGGGAAAGGGUGCUUGGUUUUGUGAGGAGCUAUUUGACAUCGGUUGAAGCUAAUAAAAAUGUUGUGAAUGGUGGAGUUUGGAAGAGAUUCAACUCAAUUUUGGCAAACCCGAGGCUUAGGAGGCUGUUUUCUAGUGAAGCACCGAAGAAAGGAAAAUAUGAGAAUUAUUACCCAAGGAACAAGAAAGAAAUCCCGAAGGGGAACAAUCAGAGGUCGGAAAGUAAAGAGGACUCAAACAUGGGUGAACAAGGAAACGACCUGAAUGUCUCAAGGCAUUUCCAAAAUUUCCUUACACCUUUGAUUUUGAUUGGAUUUGCGUUUUCAUUGAUAUCUUUGAAUCCACGAGACCAGAAGCAGAUAAGUUUCCAAGAGUUCAAGAACAAGCUACUUGAACCUGGUCUUGUGGAUCAUAUCGUUAUUUCUAACAAAUCUGUGGCAAAAGUUUAUGUGAAGAGUUCACCCCCUAAUAACAAUCAAACAAGCAUUGAUACCGUCCGAGGUCCUAUUGGUGAUGCCAACGGUAGAAAAGAUGUGAGCCACUAUAAAUUCUACUUCACUAUUGGAAGUGUUGAUUCCUUUGAGGAGAAGCUGGAGGAAGCCCAGGAAGUGUUAGGAAUAGAUCCUCAUAAUUAUGUCCCUGUGACAUAUGCUUCCGAGAUAAAUUUGUUCCAAGAAUUCAUGAAAUUUGGUCCAACAAUCUUGCUUCUAGGAAUCCUUGUAUUCAUGGGACGUCAAAUGCAAACUGGGUUAGGUGUUGGAGGUCCUGGUGGGAAGGGUGCACGUGGAAUAUUCAAUAUUGGAAAAGCACAAGUCAUGAAAAUGGAUAAAAAUUCCAAGAAUAAGGUUUUCUUUAAAGAUGUUGCUGGUUGUGAUGAGGCAAAACAAGAAAUAAUGGAGUUCGUGCACUUUCUGAAAAACCCUAAAAAGUACGAGGAGCUGGGAGCCAAAAUUCCAAAAGGUGCCCUUCUUGUAGGUCCUCCAGGAACCGGAAAGACACUACUUGCCAAGGCAACAGCUGGAGAGUCUGACGUGCCUUUUCUUUCCAUUUCUGGGUCAGAUUAG